AUGGAGUUUGAGGUCCCGAGGACGGAUUGCGAGCUCCAGAUCGUGACGGCGAAGGAGGCGACGACGAACCCCCUCGGUGUCUGGCUGCACCAGUUUGUCUUUCUCGCGCACGAAGGACGCGCUUUCGCCGGUCAAGUGCAAGCGGUCCACGUCGAGGACGAGAUGUUCACGGUGGUGUGUGCUCACCAACGCGUAACGGUACCAGCCGAGGCGGUCGAGAGCAUCAGCCCCGUCAGCGCAAUCCUCCUCUGGGACUCGGCGUACCCCACGCCCGCAUCGUGA